UCUCGACUUACAACCGGUUGGGGGUUGCGGCAUCAAAAAAGUUGAGAACCACUGCCCUAUACGGAUAAAGGAGAAUAUGUAUAACUCGGGGUUGAAAUGAGGGGGUCCUUGGUCCCACCGACAUUGACAGGGCAAGGUAUUAGAAUAUAAAUGCCAUUCCUUACGAGCACUGAUGAUGUUGCCUAGUUGGGUAAUGAGAUGCCUGGAAGAAAACAAGCAAGCGCAGAGAGCACCAAGGACUCCUCAAGCCCACCGGUGUCUUAAAGGUGCCCUGAGUGGGAAACACUGGGUUAAAUGCUGAGAUGCUUGGUGGGGGUGAAGGGGGUGAGUUUUCUGUCCCUGGAAUGCAUAUGGCCCUGCAGCCUGCCCUGGUCCUUCUAGUCGGCAUAUGUCUGAGUUCAGGUAGUUCUGGCAUACUUCUAAAUCAUGGUUCCACUAAACCUGGUUGAUUUCAAGGUUUGAUGCAGGAGAGUCCAUGUAGUCUUUUGCCCCCUUUCCCCAAAGAUGUUUCGGGAGUUUUGCCUACUUUUGGAUCUAGUCUACAAAACUGCAUUCCUGUCCCAAACUGGUUCUUUAUAGAUUAGAAAUAGCAUUUUGGAUCAUGCUGCUGCUGAUGGAAAAAUGCUGCAGAGCUGAGAAUCUCCUGGUUUGUGGGUGAUAUAUUUCUAAUACGAUAUUCUGUAGGAGACAGAUUCAAGGAACUGUUCCAAGUAGUUUUUUAUUAUAGAAAUAACACAACAUUCCAGGAACAGAGGAAGGCCAUAUGAUGUGUUUAAAAAACCCCUUAAAUAGCAAUACGUUGAUCUGUAGAUACUCUUCGUUUGUUUUUUUUAACUCUUUUUCUUUGCAUUUACAUUUAGUAUUUUUGAAUGAUACAAGUUUUUAUAAACGUUUGCGUGGAUCAAGAAGAGGGAGAAUGGCAUCUGCAAAAAUGAAGAUGACCAAGAACAAGGAUAAUAUCCCCCACGAGUUGGAGAGCCAGUUUAUUUUGCGGCUGCCUCCGGAAUAUGCUUCUACCGUGCGGAGGGCUGUUCAAUCUGGGAGUGUCAGCUUGAAGGACAGACUCACUAUUGAAUUGCACGCGGAUGGUCGUCAUGGAAUUGUACGUGUUGACCGGGUCCCCUUAGCUGCCAAGUUGGUGGACUUGCCCUGCAUCAUAGAAAGCUUGAAGACCAUCGACAAGAAGACCACCUAUAAGACUGCUGACAUUUGCCAGAUGUUGGUGUGCACUGUGGAUGGAGAUCUCUAUCCUCCAUUGGAGGAACCAGCUGUGAGUACUGAUGCUAGGGCCAACAAGAAGAAGGAUAAGGAUCGGGAGAAGAAGUUCAUCUGGAAUCAUGGCAUUACACUCCCGUUGAAGAACGUCAGAAAGAGGAGGUUCCGAAAGACAGCUAAGAAGAAGGCCCAGUAUAUUGAAUCUCCAGAUGUAGAGAAAGAAGUGAAGCGUCUUCUCAGCACAGAUGCCGAAGCCGUCAGCGUCCGCUGGGAAGUCAUUGCUGAAGAUGAAACAAAGGAAGCUGAGAAUCACGGGUUACUUUCAAGCCUGGAUAUUUCUUCUGGCAUGACCGGACAUAAGCAAGGCCAUGGAUCUUCAGCAGAACGUGAUGAACUGAGAGAAAUGUUUAAUGAAAUCAGCAGUAGCAGCAGUGAUGAAGACGAGAGGGAUCACCAUGACGACGAAGAUCUGAACGUGAUGGAUACAGAGGAAGACCUGGAGAGGAGACUGCAGGGCAAGCUGAACGAAUCCAGCUCCCAGCAGCCAGAGAACGAGGGGACCAGUCAAAUCGCAGUCGGAAUCCAGAAGCAAAUUGACCACCUGAAGGGGAAGCUGCAGGAGACCCAGGAGCGCAGGAAACGCCAAGAAGACCUUAUCAUGAAAGUGGAGAAUCUGGCACUCAAGACGCGCCUCCAAGCUGUCCUGGACGAGUUCAAACAGCAAGAAGAGCGAGAGAAACAGCAGCUGGCAUCUCUUCAAGAGCAGCUAGAAGCUCUGAUGGAAAAGUGAACCUCUGAACUUCCAAGAACAGCUCUGAUGUUGACUGAGAAGCUCCAUUGUGGUGCUGUGGCCCGCACCUUCUUCUGCCCAGACUCAUCAUAACCUUUGAGCCUAUGGCAAGUUCCUCUCAAAAGUCUAGAUCAGGGGUCUUCAAACUUGGCCCUUCUAUGACUUGUGGGCUUCAACUCCCAGAAUUCCCCAGCCAGCAUAGUAUGUUGGCUAGGGAAUUCUGGAACUUUAAGUCUCCGUAUCUCAAAGU